GACGAACAAAGAGCUAUGUACAAAGAAGGGACAUGUCUCUCCAGACCCGCUUUUCAAAAUUUCCAACAGUCAUUUUACGAAUUUAUGUUGUUUAACAUGGAUCUAUUCCAUAUGUAGCAAGAAAUAAAUAAACGGUAUAUGGUUGUCUAAGUAUACAUUUUUGCUUUAGAUAUUAGAGGAAACGGGAGUUGUUUACGUUGAAAAUGGCAAAUGUCCAAAAUACACCUGCUACGUGAAUUUAUCGGCAAGCAUAAUGGCUUGCUUUGACGACGACUAACAACGACCAAUCAGAGGCCGCCAUUUAUGCGGCAAGUCAUGUGGGGCGCAAGCGACCAAUCCACGACGGGUUAUUUAAAUUGCCAUUCGUCUUUGUUCAUUGCAUGCACACACUCAACGGGAUUUUUUUUACUACGAGAUUUGUACAGAGGUUCGUAAUAGAACGAUUGUGUGUACUAUGUUAUGACUUCGUAUUCUUUCUUAUUGCAUAAAAUUUUCGAACAGUGAGACCUGAAACUCUACAUAUCUACGUGAAAAACACAUUUUCCCUUGGAUUGGUUAGAAUUUUGGAGCUGACAGACGCCUACAAUUUUCUUGCAAAGCUGUUUUCUACAGGUGAAAUUCGAUUUUACCGUGUGGGACUAGGCUACAACCACAACGGCCAGUGCGCACGUAAGGCAUACCGUUUCGAAAUUGUUAUUGUAUGAAUUUCUAAAUAGGUCGGACUAGGCUACACCGAAGUGAAGUCACUCGUCAUCUCUCGUGCACUCGUUUGGCGUAAACAACUCUCUUGUUUUUCAUGUAGCUCGUGAUUUUAACUUAAUUUCAUCAUGGAUUUCUACGGAGAUGGAUCAGUAACUGAAUUAUCGGUGAAUGAUGUUUUUGAGAAUGAAGUGCAGAGCGAAGUGAAUGAGAUUUUGAGAUCUGAUUCUGCUCAAUUUUCACCCAGGGCCCAGUCGACGGAUCUCUCCGCGCUGCAGACGACAACCUUGGAUUUAGAUUCCACUGAAUUUACGUUGCUGCCGAAUUAUUUUCACGAGCAAGCCGUCCAAACCACAGCCCAAGAUGCGAAUCCAACUUCAGUUUUAACAACGACAGCCAAUACUGUGGAUUUGAGCCAGAUUACUGGGAUGGAUGGAGUGGAAAAUAAUAUUCAUAGUCUGCUUGUGGACCCUCAAACAGGCAUGCCUGUUUCUACCAGCACGCUGCAGUUGGACCCCAACUCUGCCCAGGCCAGUCUUCAAAUGAUCGUCAAUAGUCUCCCUGAGCUUCAGGCGCAGAUAGCUGCCUCGUCCGCUGAAACCCUAGGGCUGAGUAGCAUUGGAAACAUCAUUUCUCAGUCCCCCAUCCUUUCUCUCAACACACAGCAGCAACAAGAGUCACCACUCAUUCUCUCAACGAUGUCAACCGGCUCGCAAAGCGGGAACCAGAACUUGACUUUUCAAAAUGGCACACUGCAGGCAACGGAUCUCUCUCAAAUCAACCUAUCAAACUUUAAUGAACUUGCAGCACAGACUCUCAUCUCACAAAUCCAACAGCAGCAGUUACACUUGGCCAAUGGAAAUGUGCAAAAUGGUUCAGAUCUGAACUCGGCUCUCAAACUUCAGCAACAAAAGGGGAGUGUUCAUCCAGCUAGUCCGAAGGCAAAGGUUGAGAAAGUCUACCCGAAGCCGGCUUACUCAUACAGUUGUCUCAUUACAAUGGCGUUGAAGAAUAGUCAAACUGGCUGUUUGCCUGUCAGUGAGAUUUAUCAGUUUAUGUGUGAGAACUUCCCAUACUUCAAGACUGCACCAGAUGGAUGGAAGAACUCUGUCAGACACAACCUGUCACUAAACAAAUGCUUUGCUAAGAUAGAGAAGCCUCAAGUUAACAAUAGUAAUGGUUCAGCUAGGAAAGGAUGUCUGUGGGCAAUGAAUCCAGAGAAACAAGCAAAGAUGGAAGAAGAAGUUUAUAAAUGGACUCAGAAAGAUCCUUCUGGUAUCAAGAGAAGCAUGGCUAAACCAGAGGAAUUCUCAAGAAUUGAAGCCCUAUCCCGGAUCACGACGGCCUCAUCACCAAAACCCUCACAGAGAGAAUCAACCCCACCGGUAGCAACGGUUCCUCCUCCCCUUCAGAGCAUCAUCUCCACGGCAACCACUACAACAGUGACAGCAUCAGACACCAAACAUGAGACUACACACAAUACUGUCUUUGCUGAACAGUUCUUCAACCCUAGUCUUAAUCUACUAGACCCUACAUUAACUCAACUCGAUGGUGAUCUUGGUUUACAGGACAAUUUGCUGGACACCUUCAAUGACAUCAGUAGUUUAGAUGUGCCCAUGACAACAUCACCUUUCACAGCCUUCAGUUUUAGUGGCCCUAUUCUUGACAGCUCACCAUUAAAGGAUUCCACACACACAGUAUCAUCAGCAUACCUUCUGGACUCACCACAGUCACACACUGCAUCAUCACUACAAUUCUGCAGCCCAACGAGGGCGCCCCAGGUCACGGCUUUUAUGUGACAAUCACAGAGACUCAAAGCAGAUGAUAGUGAAGUUUCUAAGAGUUUUAUAUGAGAGAGAGAGAGAAAGAAUUCAGGGGCCCGUUUCAUCAAUGCCUUACAACUGUUGUAACUAUACCAUUGUGGCAAUUACCAUGGUAACAGGGCUCUUCAACCAAUCACCAUCAAGGUUUCCAUGGUAGUUGCCAUACCUGCAAAAUUACCAUAAUUGUAACCUUUUGUGAAACAGGCCCCAGUUUGUUUACAGAUAGAUAUGUAUACUAAAACUAUCUUUACAAAUAUUUUGUUGUUUUUAUUAGAAUGGGAUGCAGGAUGUUUAUGUAGCAUGCAGUCAUCAUAGUUGUAUAUUUUGUUUGGAAGGGAUUUCAAAAAAAAGUUGACUUGCCAUUUGUAGAGUUUAAUACUGUAUGGUUUGCUAGGGCUUGAUAGGGGUUUUCAAUGUCCAUAUAUUAUCUUGGAUGUUUUAAUCCCAUUGUUCCUAUACUGUAGAAAAUUCUUACCCCAAAAAUAAAAACCUUGAACUUUCAAAUAAGAUAUUUUUUUUAAAGAAUAUUUUUUAGAAUGGGGAUAAACACAAAUUAUAAUUGAGUAAUCCAGGGGUGUGAGAGUUCAGAUUUUUAUCUGAUUUCAGAUUUUUUUGUUUUGAUUUUCAGCUUAAUUUCAGCUUAUUUUUGGCCUUCCUCUGUACAAAAAGUAUGGGAGCUCUUUCUAUUUCAGACUUUUUCAACACUCUUCAGCUUUUUUCAGAUCUUUUUAUUUGUGACCACUCACACCCCUGGUAAUCUAAACACACUGAAAGAUGAUUUAGUCAGUGUUUUGAGAGGAUACUACACCCAUCAGGCCAUAUAAUGAGAUUGUUUUUAGAGAAAUUAGUCAAGUGUUGGAAAUUCCCAUUAGAAUUGUAAUUUGACAAUUGGCACAAGACACAGCUAAUUGGGAGAGGAUAAACCACAGUCAAUCAAAUGAGAAAUUCUCUAUCCUGUAUUAUAGUAGUAGGAUUUAUUUUAUUACUGAUCAAAAUGAGUUACAUUCAGUUUACAAUACAAGGUAAACUUGUAUUGUAAACCUGGAGGUGCGAUAACUCAGUCAGUAGAGCGGGGAUUUCAGAUUCUGGCGACCCAGGCUUGAUUUCUAUUUGUCCUUUGGUAAGGCAUUAAUCCUCAUUACCAGGUCCCUCUGAGAGGAUCUUAAGCCUUCUGUCCUCUGAUUGUUUGCUUACAAGCAUUCAUGCUUUCUUAGUACUCAGGUAAAAAAUCACCACCAUUCCUUCAUUCAAUGUUAACUGAUUUGUUACCAUAUUAAAUCCUGGAUACUAAAUUCAUGACUUUAUAGAUUUAGAAAGUUCUUGCUCUUAUAACCAUACAAACUUACAUUGUAGUACUUUACGCAAGAUGUCUUUGUACAUAUAGAUUUUUUUAUCUUUAUAACUCCUAGGAAAAAAAAAUUGUACAGAAGUUUAUAUGAAUAUUUCUCAUUUAGCCUGAAAAAAUUUGAACUUGUUUGAAAAUUCAUAUUUGGAAAGAAAAGCUUGUAUUUCUUGUCUGAUUUCAGACCUGUUGUGGCAUGUAUGCAAUUUGCUCUAUAUUAAUGGCUUAGCAAUUCUCAUUAUUGUUGGUUUGUUUUGCAGUCUUCUCUCUGGUUUGAGCUAAACUAUUUUUUUUUUCACAGGCAUUUCACGUCUACACGCAUUUGCCUAUGCUGACAUACAACAGCCUUUGCGUGAGUCAUCCUUCCAUUAGUCAAAUGAAAACCUAACUUGAAGCAUUAUUUCAACCCUGAAUAUGAAAAACAUAUGUUAUUAACAUCUAAGUUUAAUUUCACCUUUAAAAAGUCAAGCAGAUUUCUGUGGUCUCACAGAUAUCUGCUUGACUUAAAAGGUGAAAUUUAACUCAGCUAUGCUACCCCCCCCCUCCCCUUUCCGGGUCAAAUUCAUCCUUGAAGUCACUCAAUGAAGUUACAAAAUUUCAUGUGAAAUUUUGAUUUGUCUGAUAAACUCUGGUUUAUAGAAAAGGGUAAAAUUGAUAUUAAAAAAAAAUUGAGAAAAAAAAGAAGUGCCUUCGACUGAAAGCUCAGGAUAGAAAGAAACUUAUUUUUACAGGUUUUCAUUUAAACAAGAGAAGAUAUUUUGCUCAAGAUGAAUCUAUUGAGAAUCAUGCGGAAAGACUUAACCCUAAACCUUAUUGAUUAGCAGAAAGAGAAAACUUGGUUUAUCAUGCAAGGUGUCUGUCCAUAAAAGACAUUUUUCAUAUCAGAAAUUCAGAGUUAAAGAAAUCUUGUAUGAGAGAUUAUUAUUGGCAUGGUUUUCUUAGAAUUUGGGGAUUAUGAUUUUAACAUGGUUUUUAUUUCUAUAUGUAGGCCAAUGAUAGAGGCUGAUUUAUUAAUUGCAAUGUAAAUCAUGUCAGUUGCUUUUGUGCAUUUAUUCAAGUAAUUUUGAGUAAGAAAAAUCAAGCUUGGCAUUAUGUAAUUUGUACCAAGCAGGAUAUGAUUUUAAAAACUACUUGGUUUACUGAUUAUGUUUUACAGGAAAAUGAUCCCAUUGUUUGAUCUGGUUAAUUUCAUCUAUGAAAUGUUCUUGUGAGUGUGUCCAUGGUUAGAUCUUGGAAAUGAUACCCGUAUAUUGUUUAAAUUCUGUACUUGGUUGGUAUGUUGUCGAUGUCUUUAGCAUUUCUACCAAAGGAAUCUACAGGGAAUACAGGGAGGUGGUUUCACAAAACUGUAAGUUAUGAAUGUCUUAACAAUUGAUUGGAAUAUGUUCUUAGGACUUUGCAAAUUCAGAUACUUACUAUUUUGCACCAGAACAGAGUCCCCAGUCAUGGCUCAAAGUCACAAGUAAUUUACAAAGUAACUUUAUGAAAUGCCAUUCUGGUUUGUUUAUUGGUGGUUUUUGUGAUGUCUGGCUACAAGUGUUACAAAGUGCCUAUCAAGUCAUUGUACUAUGCUGAAUUGAAAAAAAGGCAGUAUUAUCAAUGUUUUGCAUGGUAAAUCAAAAGCAAUAAACAAAGGUGAUAUUUUGUUUUUAAAAAACUUUAAAUUGUUUGUAAAGCUAUGCAUUCUGCUUGGAAUGUGUUGAGUUGAAUCAUUAAUAUUCAAAAUGUAACCGAGAAUUGCACACAAUGAAGUUAAUAACCCAAGUAAGAAGGAGGAAAGAGAGACUGAAAUGCAGUAAUUUGCUUUAAUAGCUUCAAUGAAAUUUUCACCAGCUUUAUGCAAAAUAUUAUUCUUUUAUAUAUAAUUGAUUGCAUUUAUGAACUUAAAUGAAAAAAUCAUGGUUGCAAUAUUAAGAUUUAUUGUAAUUUGUUCACUGGCAUUUCAUUAUUAACAUCCAGAUAUGAACUGAUUCCACUUGUCCUGAUAAUUAGAUUUACACGUCAUGAGAAAAUUAAGAAAAUGUUGUUUUAGUUCACCAGCCAUAUUUUGUUUCAUGGAAUUACAAUUGACAUUUGACCUUAUGAUAAUUUCCCGUACCCUCUUGGGCAUUUCACCCAUGUGUAUUUUUUUCUCCUCUGAUACACAUAGCUAAUGAAUUUUUAAAGGAAAAAAAUUGUGAAAAAUUUGUAGAUAAGCAUGGAUUUCUUUACGUGCAGAAAUGAAAUAUUUUAUUUGUAUUUAGAAUAUUUUCUAAAAACAAGAGAAACCUGUACAUGGUUUUCCUUGAAUAAUUUGGUAUAUAUUAUACUUUUGUAUAUUGUAAUAUUGUAGAUUGAUUGUGUGUAUCUAUUGUAUGUAUUAUGAAGGCCUUGAUAAGAGUGGAAUUAUGUGUUUUUUGUAAUUAUACAUAAACAGUAAAGAAAUCAAGCUUUGAUAUAAGAAGAAAGAAA